AUGGAUUCACCUCCAGACACGCCCUCGCCGCCGCCAGGAUUACCACCCACUGGGGAAGAUCAAUUUCGGCAUCUGCUGACGUUCGCGCAAGACGUCGCGGCAAACAGGAUGACCCUGAAACCAGAUCACCUGCCCCUCACAUUCGACAUUCAUCGAGAGUCGUGGGUCAAACUGUGGAGUGAAGAAGAAGGGAUAUUUCUCACUUGCGUAGAAGCGAGAUGGUUUCGAUACUUCUACGAUAGCUCGCGCUCGCUUCUGACCAUUCUACCUCCUCUAUCCUAUAGACACCAGGCUAUCUGUACAUUGCUUAUGCGGCUGGCGUACGAUGCGAAAUCAAAGUUAGCAUCUACUUUCGAGAAUGAAACGUCGAUCAUGCGGGGUGAAGGUAUUCUCGAGGAUAAAAUGUCGAUCAUGUGCAGUUCAGGUGCUCAAAUGAGCACGGGAGUGUACGCGGAAUCGGAAAAACAACCCGACAUCCUUAUCCAAUGGCACAAGAGUGUAAUCGGUGUCCACGCUCACACAAUUGUCGAAAUCGGUCUGAGCCAAUCGCUCGAUGAUCUCCAAGAUCUCGCUCGGUUCUGGUUGAACGGCGACACUCAUAUCCAACGCGUUGUCCUCAUCGAUAUAAUCGAAACACCAAAAUUUGACCUCCACACGAAGGCAUCACAGAUUGAAAAUCUACCGUGUUUCAAAGAUCCCACUCAGAAAUUUCAAAGAGACGAGAGCACAGGUGCAAUUUCGUUUGCGGGGUUUACGGCUGUCGGGGAGUCUAUGAUAAUAUGGGAGGCGUGGGAACGGGAUGCGACUGGUGUUCCGCAGUCGACCUUUCAUGAGGCUUUCUCGUUCGGCGAGAUACCGUCAAAAGAUCUCCCUUUCUUUACAAUCGCCCGAAAUGUUUAUGGCGACAGGACGACUUGGAGAGGGAUGGAUACCUCUGUUACGCCAGAGCUGAUUCAGAAAUUCUGGAGGGAAGAGUGGGUUCGUGCGAGUUGGACUGAUGCUUGCGAACGGAUGCAUCCAUUUGUGGGUGUACAAAGAGCAAACGAAAUAUGGUGGGAAGCUCGUGCUAGGGACUUCGCACCAUUGCCUACCGAGCCGACCGCGUCGGGUUCGGUUCACUCUGCGGGCGGGUAG